UUUUAUUAUUUUUUAUUUAUGUCGUCUUUAACAAGAGAGAAAGCUGAAGAAAUUUGUCAACAUAUUAGAACAAAUCCGGAUUCAAUUUUUGGACAAAAAUAUUGGCAAUGUAGACAUGCUUGUGUUGUUCAAUCUCAACAAAAGUCUGACAAAUGGGAGACACGUUUUUUGGCAAUUGCAAAAUUUCGAGUUUUUCUUCUCUAUGGAAAAAGUGUUUCUACUAUAAAGCUGGAAAAGUCUUUUAAUGUGCUGGCUUUACGAAAUUUGGAGUUGCUACAACAGGAGCAGAUUCUCCAAAUAGGCUGGGAAGACCGUCCUGGUGGCACAAAAUCGUUUUCUUCUACUCCAAUUGUCGUUCUUCAUUUAUUUCUUCGCAAACCUGAUGGAAGUAAAACAAAAGAUUUGGCAUUAGAAUUACUUUCAACAUUAAAACAUUAUUUUCCUGAAAUUCAAAAAAGUUUAACAAAAUUAUUUAUUUCUUUAUCUCCGCCUUUAAUCGCUGAUUUUGCUUUAUUACCUUUAUCUACACCGGAAUUGCCUUGUUAUAAUUUUCGACGUUCUUAUGUUGCUUAUUGUGACUGGAUGGAACAGCCUUUUAGAGAUGAAAUUAUUUGGGAUAUUGAACGCAUUUACUUUUUUCAUGGACAACAUGAAUUGGAUUUAAAUGAUUUUAGUCAUCUUUCUUUAAAAGAUCAACAAGCCUUAAUAGGCUCUAUACAGUUUUCAAGUUUCUUUACUGGAAUUUUUGCAGAUUCCCUCAGAUUACAAAACGAACACAUCGAUUCUUUAUUUUUAUUAAUUCGUCGUUCACAUUCUUUACGUUCUCUUUACUUUAAUCGCUGCACUCUUCCGAUUAAAGAUUUUUUGACUCAAUUUUCUAUUGCUCUUUCAACAAAUAUUAAUUUGCCUUUGGAACGGCUUCGAUUGGUUGGAAUUGUUUUGGAAGAUAAAAAAGGCCUAACUCAAUUGGGCACUCUUCUUCCCCAACUUUCUUCUUUGCGUGCUUUAUCAUUCGCUGAAUGCCUUUUAAGUGAAAAAUGUGCUUUAGCUCUUCUAAAUGGAUUACAUCACGGCAUUAGAUUAGCAAAUGAUUCGGCAAAAGGUGAAGAUGCUACAGUGACUGGAAAUACUUUAAUUAAUUCUGAUAACGGAAGAUUUCAAUUAGAGGCUUUAAAUUUAAGUGGAAAUCCGUUGGGAAGUGGAGUAGAACUUGCUGAACAAUUGGCUAAUUUUUUGGCUUUAAAUACAGGAGCAAUUCGCUUUUUGGAUUUAAAUGGAACGGCAAUUCAAUUGGAUCGUCUCUGGGCUGCUCUCAAAUUGGGUGGUCUUGGUCUAGAAGUUCUCCGUCUUGGUGGUUGUCAUAUUGCUCAAACUAAAAGAAGUGUUCGAAAUAGUGGAAAAGACAGUGCUCAAAUUGCUAAUGAAUUAUUUAGUUCUUUUCUUUCACUUAAAGAAUUGGACUUAACGGGAACACAUUUAACUGCAGAACUUUUAAGUGGAAUACUUGAAGGUAUUUCAACAAAUCCAAAUCUCCCGUCUUCUUCUCUUGCCUUUUGCCUUGAUAAUUGUAUUGUUGGUUCUACAACUCAAUGUGUUAAUGUUUUUGAGCAAUAUUUGCUUGAAUGUCCCUGUAUUUGUUCCUUAUCUUUACGUGAUAAUUCUUUAGAGCAUGAGACAUAUCGCCUUCUUCCAAUAAUUUGCAAAAUGCGAGGGCUCCGUAAAUUUGACAUUGGUGGUGCCAACUUUUUUGGCCUCAAAGCAAACAAAAAACAUGCACAAAUGUUGUCUGCUAUUGUUACAGAAUUUGUUAGACUUGUUAAUGGAGAGGAUGAGGAAUCUAAUUUGGAUGAAUUGUCGUUGUCAGAUUCUCGGCUUGGUUCUCAUUUAAGUAUUCUUUUGAAUGCUUUAGGGCUUUCUAGAUCACUUCGGAAACUCAAUCUAUCUAAUUGCGAUCUUGGUCCAGGCGGUGCUCGCCUUCUCAGCAAAUCACUUCAAUUAAACCAAUCGUUACGCCAACUUUCACUCGAUCGUAACCAAAUUGGUAUUGAUGGUUUUUAUGAAUUGGCACGUGCUUUAAGGCUUAACAAUACUUUGUUGGCUUUGGAUUUGCCUACUUCUGAUUUGUCUGAUUCAAUGGCACUUUUAGCUAGAAUACCAAUUGAAAGAGCUCGUUUAAUGGCUAUAAUUGCUGAAAUUGAGGAAGCUUUGAAACGAAAUGUUGAUUUUUCUUUAACAAACGGACCGAAAAAUGGACAAUUGGCAAUGAAAGCAAUGCAUUCUUUGAAUAUUGGAUGUGAUCGUUACAAUAUAAAUGGCUCUGAAACCAGUGAAAUUAAAAAAGUUGCUUUUCACAAAAUUGGAAAAUUAAUUGCACAAAUUGGAGAACAAAAAUCUGAUGAUAUUAAUAUAUUCAAUGAUUCAUUUAAAAAUAAUGGGGAUAAGAGAAGGACAAAAAUUGUCGAUAAAUUUAUUGAAGAACUUGGGCAAUUUGUCGAGGACAAUAAUAAAAAUUUUUUACAAUCUUUCUCUGAUCGUCUAGCUGCCCAAGAAUGUGUAGAAAUUUGUUCACUUAAUAAUCAACAGCCUGAUAUUAUUAACAAUAUUUCUGAAAAUCAUGCAAAAGAAGAUCAACUUAAAGAAAAAUUAACACAAUUCUUUAACAGAUAUACAAGGCAAAAAACUAAUUUUAAAACUAAAUUUAAAGUAAAAAAAUUUAUUUUUUAGUGAAUGUGCAUGGGAACAUUUAUUUUCCAAAUUAGACAAUGCUUUACGUUCAGAUGAUCAAAAUUGCUUUAAAAUUUUGGAACAAAAACUUGGAGGAACUAUAAAAACUGCAACAAUAUCUAAUAGAAAAGGAAUUUUAUUGCGUUCCCCAGCAGAUUCUAA